AUGGCCGGAGUUAAAGCAGCAGAUAUUGUUGAGAAGGUGUUUAAGCAGAUGCUUUUGAAGGAGGGAUUUUGUAAUGAGAGAGUGUCAAGUGAGAGACAUAAUGAGGAAGUUAUCAAUGAGGAAUUACACAAUAUGAAAGUUAUCAAGAAGAGAUCAAAGAGUGUGGAAGGGUGUAGAAAGAGCUUCUGUGUUGGUCAAUCUGCUCACAGCAUCUAUUGA